AUGGACGGACAGUGUGCCAAUGUGAACCCCCCAGACAGUGGAACAGUGAACAUGGUCUCUGAUGGUACAGUAAGCAGGGCCCAGUAUGCAUGCUCUGCAGGGUACCAGUUCUCAGGAAGUGCAUCCUCCACGUGUGUGGCAGACGGGACGUGGAGUUCACCUGCACCAGUCUGCUAUUGUGUGUUACCAGAGAUACCAGCCAAAGGUCAAAUGUCCGUGUCAAGUGACAAUUUGACCUUGACAUUCCAGUGUGACCCAGGAUAUGUUUUAUCUGGAUCCUCCUCAAGGAUCUGUCAGAAUGACUCCACAGGAUGGAGUGGAGCCCAGCCUUCUUGUGAGACCUGCACACAGUUAGGCAAUGUUUCCAAGGCUUCCGUCACCAUAUCAACUGUUGGAUCCACCAGCACUGCAGUGUAUAUCUGUAAUCUUGGUACCUCCAUGUUGGGCCCUUCAACCCUAACCUGUCUUCACAAUGGUUCAUGGGAUCUCGACCCACCCGAAUGUGUGUCAUGUCCAGCCCUUUCAGACCCUAACAGUGGAAAUGUUUCCAUGGUAACCAAUGGCCGGGUUUCCCAAGCGACCUUCACCUGUGUGCCAGGGUAUCGCCUCAUUGGCGAAAAUAUAACAUUUUGUCAGACAAACGGAACGUGGAGUGCAAGUCAGCCAAUGUGUGUAUGUGGGGUACCAGCAGACAUCGCAAAUGGCUCCUUGAGACUGUCAGCAGAUGCUAUGAGUGUCUGGUAUGGCUGUGACGUCGGGUUCACAGUGAGUGGUCAGGCACAGAUCCUGUGCUCGACUGCAGGCCUGGGCUGGCUGGGGCAGACACCUACAUGUAAGUUUUGUUCCAAGCUGAACACUCCCUUUAAAGGCAGUAUGGUGACUUACACUAAUGGAACUGUGACCCAGGCCCAGUUUACAUGUGAUUUGGGAUUUACUCUUAGAGGGGCCAGCUUCCUGAAUUGCUCUGGAGGGGGGAUGUGGGAUGAGCAAGAACCGCAGUGUGUGUCCUGUCCCAGCCUAUCAAACCCAGAAAGUGGAAGUGUUACUUUGACAACAGAUGGGCAGGUGACAACAGCAGUGUUCUUGUGUUUCCAAGGUUACCAGAUCAGUGGUGCCAGCAGUGUGGCGUGCCAGAUCACUGGACAGUGGGACCAUGCUGCCCCACGAUGUGUGUGCAGCCGCCCUACGACUCCUAAUUCUGGCAGUGUGCAGCUCUCUGCAGACGGUAUGCUGGCCACAUACUCAUGUGACGCAGGUUUACACACUGGUGGGAGUGAAAACACGGGCAUGUCAGGAGACUUUCAAACGUGGACGGAGGCCAGGCUGCCUGUGCAUACGGAUGGAUCAACAACCACGGCCACAUUCACGUGUGAUGUGGGCUACACAAUGAGUGGGUCAGCCAACCUGGCUUGCCGUAGCGAUGGUGGCUGGAAUGUCACACAACCUACUUGUAAGGAAUGUUCGCCGCUCUCUGCACCAAGUAUUGGCGAUGUCAAUAUGACAUCCAAUGGGCGAGAGACUAGUGCAAGGUUCACAUUGCGCUGCUGGAUACUCCAUGCAGGGGAGGGACGUUCUCACGUGCAGGACCAGCGGAUCAUGGGACUUCAGUGUUCCCACUGUGUAAAGUGUGCCUCGCUGACCGCCCCUGGUAGUGGAAGUGUAAACAUCAGCACAGACGGUUCCCAUACAUUGGCUAUGGUGUCCUGUGCAGCUGGGUACCAUCUAGUUGGGGAACCGGUGCUAUCCUGUGAUGAGUAUGGGCACUGGGACCAUGAGAUGCAGAGUGCAAUGUAA